GUGUGGUGCUUGCCAAACAUUACAGCUCAUAGUCCAGUGAUGGACUAUAUAACAACAGCUUUUGCACAUCACUCAGUAUUCAUGCAGUAUCUGUCUAUAGUGUAUCACAAAACUGGUUUUGGACAAUUUCAGCUUUAUUACUGGUCGCACAAACUACUAGGUACUGAACAAGGGGUAUGGCAAAUGCUCUUCGCGUUCUAUAACUUGUGCACCAGAUGAACUAACUAAACGGACAGUUUAAUUUACAAUGGAAUGUCGGCUACACUGGGUUUUCCUGAUUCUUUUUUCCAGUUUCUUUUUGAAAUUCAGCCCAUGAAGGGAAAUGUCUAAAUGUUCAUUUCUAAAGCAACAAACUGCGACCUGAAGACAAAUAAUCAGUAUUUAGCGGCGAGAAUUAAGUGUUCAUUUAAGUUUGCAUCAAUGAAACAAUACCUACUGCCUUCCUAAUGGGGAAUUCCAAAUUCCUGCUCUUUUGAAGCUGCGGCAUUUUAAAAUGUUUGACAUUAUUUUAAAAAAGUAACAGUUGGGCUAUAAGGAGCUUGCCCCAAGUAACUUUAAGCAGAUGCAUACUGCAGUCAGAAAUCUGCAGAAGCUGGAAAAAAUAACAUGUAUUUACCUAUAGAAUCCCCUGUUUAAGUUGGCUUAAUAAAUGUACAUGUUAAAGAGUCAUCCUGUUUUAUCAGAUACAAUGGAAUGGAAUAUAACCACUUCAACAAACCAAAGUGGAACUAAUGAGGACACUCAAAGGCCAUUCUCGAUUUUCAGUGUGCUCAUAUUAACUUUGCUGGCAAUUUUGGCUAUUGCCACUUUUCUUUGGAAUGUGCUGGUUCUGGUAACAAUUUUGAGAGUUCGAACUUUCCACCGAGUUCCCCAUAACUUGGUGGCUUCAAUGGCCAUUUCUGACGUGAUGGUUGCAGCCCUGGUAAUGCCCCUGAGCCUAGUGCAUGAACUCAAUGGUAGACGGUGGAGGCUUGGCCGUGUGCUUUGUCAGGUCUGGAUCUCUUUCGAUGUCCUGUGUUGCACUGCAAGCAUCUGGAAUGUCACAGCCAUUGCCUUAGACCGGUAUUGGUCAAUCACUAGACAUUUAGAGUACACCCUUAAAACCAGGAAAAGAAUAUCUAAUGUCAUGAUUGUAAUGACAUGGGUACUGUCUGCUGUUAUCUCGCUAUCCCCUCUGUUUGGCUGGGGAGAAACAUACUCAGAGGAACAUGAACAGUGCCAAGUAAGCCAGGAACCAUCCUACACAAUUUUUUCAACCUUUGGAGCUUUUUACCUCCCUCUUUGCGUGGUCCUCUUUGUUUACUGGAAAAUUUAUAAAGCUGCAAAAUUUCGCAUUGGUUCCAGGAAAACAAACACCAUCACACCAAUGCCAGAGGUUGUGGAGGUAAAAGAAGCAUCUCACCAGCCCCAGAUGGUUUUCACAGUACGACAUGCUACUGUUACUUUUCAAACUGAUGGGGACACCUGGAGAGAACAGAAGGAGAAAAGAGCAGCUUUGAUGGUCGGUAUUCUCAUUGGAGUUUUUGUGCUGUGCUGGAUUCCCUUCUUCAUUACUGAACUAAUAAACCCUUUGUGUUCCUGUGAUAUUCCACCAAUCUGGAAAAGUAUUUUUUUAUGGCUUGGAUACACCAAUUCAUUUUUCAAUCCAUUGAUCUACACAGCCUUUAACAAAAAUUACAAUAAUGCUUUUAGAAAUCUCUUUUCUAGACAAAGAUGAAUGUAAACAUCUGUGGAUAGCCUGCUCCACUUGUUUCUCACUGAUUUAUGUCUGGUCCACCUGUUUACUAAAUGCCUGCCUUCUAACUUCUCUACCUUCUUGAUGGUAGGAGUUCCUUUAUGGAUUUGGCCAGCAGACUGUAGAACCAUUUGGACAAUAUUUAGAAAUGGACCACCAGAAUCUCAGAAUCAUGAAUUCAUUGUUACGCAACAUAGGGCUGCACUGUGCAAAGCAUCUUUAGUGAAAUGGAUGUUUCAUUAAAGCUUGGAAUUUUUGUAAACCCAGAACUGUUUUUGUACUACAGCAUUACAGUAUUUUGUAUUAUGAGAUGUUAAAACCUAAAUUGGGCAGUAUAUUAUAUGAUGUAUUUAAGUACAAAGUACUGAGUCCUAAUCUUUUUAGAAUACUGUAUAUAUGUAAAUAUAUAACCAUGGUCUUUGAGAGCAACUGCAACAAAGAUUGCAGCAGUGACAGAAUAUUUUUCUAUUUUUGCAGAAAGCACUAUGUUAAUUAUUUUGCUUAAUGAAUUGAAUGAUGUUUGCAAUUCAGUGUAUGUCUGGAUUAAGAUAAAAUAAACAAUCUGGUGCAUAUCAUUUGCAGUGACCGCAUACAGCA